AUGUUAUUAUUUUAUUAACAAUUUUUUAAAAAAGACGCCAAUUAAUUUUAGUUUCUUAGCUAUUAUUAGUUAAAGAGAUAUCAGUCAGUUUCUUGCAAAAAAAAUUAACUUUACAAUAUUGGCAAGAAAUUAAUAGAAAAAACAUCUAAUUCUAGAUUUACUUUGGGAAAAUUAGAAGACCUAAAAAAGCAUAAAAUAAUAAAGUAGAUGGAGUGA